AGAUCUUGAAAUAAAUAUUUAUGAAUUGCUUAACACAUAGUGGUCUUUUUAAAUCAUUAUGGACUCGUCCAAUUUAUAGAGCAGGCAAUUUAUACACUUGGGGAGUUCAUAGUUUGGGAUGUGGAAUCAAUUAAGAUUCAUAAAGAGAUUAAUUGAGACCAAGAAGAAUAGAUGCUUUUAAUGGAAAUGUUGCUAAGGUAUAUCCUAGUGAAUACUUCACAGCAGUCAUUACAGGUAUUUAAUUUAUAUAUAAUUACAAGAUAAUGGUGAUUUAUACACAUUUGGACACAAUAAAUAUGGAUAAUUAGGUUUGGGUAACACAGAAGAACAUCAGACUCCUUAAUUAGUAAAAUUCUUUAGAGAUAAAGGUUUAAAAGUAACCGAUGUAGCUUUAGGAUCAAAUCAUGCUAUUGCUUUAGCUUGUAAAAUGAAUAAUUUUUAAUAGUUAAGCUGAUGGAAAUGUUUAUACUUGGGGAAAUGCAAAUAACUCAUUUUUAGCUUAAUUUUAAGGUAAAGCUAGUGGAUUGGGAGAUAACUAUUCGAAUAAUGUUUUAGCACCUGCAGCAGUUCAAAAAUUAGUUGGCACUCCAAAAGGUAAAUUUGUUAGUGCUGGUAUAAAUUAUUCAAUUGUUGUUAAUGAAAACAAUUAAGUAUAUGUUUGGGGUGCAGGAAAAAGAGGAGAAUUAGGUAAUGGAUGCUCUCUCAAUUUCAAAUAUCCAGAGCUUAAUCCUAUAUUUGAAUAAUUGAGCAAAUCUGGUUAUACUAUCUAAAAAAUUAAAUCUUGUUUCGCUGGAACAUUAGCUUUAUUAAGUAUUAAUUAGGAUAUUAUUUUAUUAAGAUGAUGGAAUAGUUGUUGGAUGGGGCAGAAGUUAUUAUGGUUCAUUGGGAGUAAGAUAAUAAGAAUAUGUUGUUACAGAUUUAGUAAGAUUUUAUAAAUAUUCUAAAAAAGGAAAACUAUACACCUACUCCUGUUAAUUUGAAAUACUUCUAACCUAAUGAAAAAGUUGUUGAUUUUGAUCUUGGAUAUAAUCUUUCCCUAUUUUUAACAGAUUAAAAUAGAAUUUACUUGUCUGGUUAUGAUGAGACUUAUGUUCCAAGACCAAUCGAUUUACCAAAAGAUGAAAAGAUACUCAAAUUUUCUGCUUCAAAUAACAGUUAUGCAAUUUUAACAGGUAAAAUUUGUAAUCUUAAAAUUUAAGAUAAGAACUUUUACACAUCAAAUGAAUAUGUGGUACCUUAAUAGAAAAGAAACUUAGGAUUCUUGUUCAAAAGUUAACCAAGAGAGUUAUUUGAUAGCACAAAUAUUGAAUAGUUUGGAGGUGGAUAUAGAGUCAGAUAUGCAAUAGUAAACAAUUGAAAAUGGCUACAUCUAAAUAUCAAUAUAUAUAAAAACAUUA